AUGGUGCUCUAUUUAGUACAGACGAUGUCGUGUAAAGUGAAAUCAUGCAAGGGCGAAUUGUCUCUCCUUGCGUCUUCAGUAGUGUGCUUCGGCUUGUUUUUAUGUUUACUAGUUUAUGCAUAUAUGAUUUGCUUGGUAUAUCAUUUGCAGUGUUCCAACAGAUCAAGUAAUACGGUGGUGUCGCUGAUAUUUCUCUGUUUGGCUGUGAUGCAGUUGACUGCCUUUUUCAUUGUUAGAAACCUCAAACUUAAGGAAAAGGUUGCAAAAUUUACAAAACAAGAAAUACAACUGAUGCCUGAGGCAAAGUUGGAGACUCAAAGCUAAGCAAGAGAGAAUAUUGGAGAAAUCGUUACAAUUGGGAAAAGCAAGUAAAAAUGGACUGGCUGGUGGAUGCAGACAAAGUUUCUGAAAAUCUUGAACCCAAAAUUCAGCACCUCUAUAAAAGAUUGGGCAAAGUGUGUUUGAACAUUCUCGACCUUGGUUGUGGAACAUCAGAUGUUGCAUCAGUGCUCCUAAAGAGAUGCAGGUCAGCCAUAGACAUUUAUUGUGUAGAUUAUUCAGAAGGAGCACUUCAGUGGCAGAAAGGGCUGCUUUCUGCAUUGAAUCAAAAACAUGGGAACAUUAUGUCGAAUUACAGGCUUGUUAUGGCAGAUAUUUGUCAGCUGCCUUUUAAAGAUAAUUUUUUUCAUGUGAUCCUUGAUAAAGGAACCAUUGAUUCUCUUCUUAAAUCUGAAGAUGGUCAACAAUUGGCAGAAAGUUCUAUGAAAGAAAUUUUACGUGUGAUGCAUCCUGCUGGAAAUCUGUGGCAGAUCACUGAUGAAGAUCCCGAUAUUAGAUUACUCUUUUUACAAACAGUACAGAAAGAUACCAAGAAGAAAUAUUCCUCUUCAUUCGAGAUCUUGCUGAGUGAUAACAUAAAUGAAUACUUUCUGUAUACUGUCAAAGAGGAUACUCGUGAAAAACCUUAAAUUAAUUCUAGUUUUCAUUUAUAUUUGUAAAUUGUUGUUGUUGUUAUCUUAAAUGUAUGAAAUUUGUAAUUUGAAACAUAAAUCUUUAAAUAACA